AUGGACCGGGUGUUUAAACGUAUUGGGGAAGGUCUAUAUAUCUUUGAUUCCCUGUACGAUAGGCAUCAAAGCUGUUCAAACUCAUCACAGAAAGAUAAGCUGGAGGCUGAUCUAAAAAAGGAAAUCAAGAAGCUGCAGCGAUUCAGAGAACAAGUCAAGAGUUGGCAGGCGACCAAUGAAAUCAAAGAGAAGAGGAGAUUGAUAGAGAACAGAAAGCUCGUUGAAAUAGCCAUGGAGAAAUUCAAAUCAGUGGAAAGGGGCUCCAAGCAAAAAGCCUAUUCGGACGAGGUACUAAUGGGGAUCUCAGAAAGCAUGGAACCAGAAGAAGCUGCAAAGUUUGCUGCAAUAGAGUUUCUGCAGAAAUCUCUAGAUGAGAUUGAACGACAGGUGGAAGGGCUUGAAGCUGAGAUUGAUAAGGCUAGUUUCUCCAAAAAAAGUCGCAAGGCUCAUUCUGACAUUGACGAGCAUCAAGAAGUUUUGGAAGUUACGCUUGAGCGACUCCAUUGGCACCAAGAAAAGUUAGAGAUUGCACUUCGUUUAUUAGAGAAUGAUAUUUUGAAGCCUGAAAAGUUGAUGCAGAUCAAGGAUGAUUUGGAAUAUUAUUUGGAAAGCAACCAAGAGUACGAUUUUAUGGAAGAUGAUACUCUUUAUGACGACCUCAAUCUAAAUGUAGACCAAUCUUUGGCGCAUGAGGUCACUACUUCCUUUUGUAAAGCAGAAGACCAUGAUGUUUCCUUGAGCCCCCUCCCUUCAACAGAUAGCACUUCCUCAGUACAUAAGAAACUCAAAGAAGACCCCCAAAAAAGCUCUUUUGGUUCACAAGUUCUUUCAAGUAACUCUGCGAGUCCGGUAAGCACUCAAUCCCUCAUGGACAGCGGACCCCAGAAUUCCAAACUACUAACAACUUCUUUACGACCUGCCUCAGUGCCAGUUAAACCUUCGUCAGACGUGAGAUGGGCUGUUGCCAUAAAUAAAACAGACAAGCUGUUCCAGGCAAAACCCAUUUCCAGCUCUUCAGAGCAGUUUACCUCUCUGAAUGGCUCCUUGACCUCCUCUCAUAACCAGCAGCUUAUCCCCCAAGAUCAAAAUCGAAUAUCAAUAACAGAUAGUACGAUAGCCUCAAUGCCCCCAGGUAUUCAAAACCUGAUCCUUGGUUUUUUGGAUUCAAGGAAGAGUUCGAAGAAACUCAUGAAAAGUAAUGCGAUUUACACACAAGCAUGGAAUUUCUCUUCAUAUUUUUCUCCACCAGAAACUGCUAUACCUUCUUCAUUAGAAUCACAGAGAGUUGCAAUGAUUUGGAAUUCAAUUCGUGGAAGUGCCGAUUUGCAUUCUUUGGUGCAACGAGUGGAUACAGCAACCUUAUUUUACGCCUUUUACUUUGCGUCAACGCCUUAUGAAAGGGUUGUUUCUAAGAAUGUACUUGUAAAUUUAAGACAUUGGAAACUGCACCACAACCAAAAGUUAUGGUUCCAACGUUUUGGCCAACCUAAAUCUGUCGGGGAGGGCUUUGAGAUUGCCGAUUUCAAAGUGUUUGACGCUGCUUCAUGGAGUCUGAAAGAGAUGCUUAACUACAAGUUUGAGUACAGUUUCUUAUUUUCUGACAAUGCAAGAUAA